AUGGACCCACAGAACUUGCAUAUGUCGGAGGGAACGCUCGCCGACAUCGAGGCGCUCCGCCUACAGCUGACUAACGACCCGGCCAUGCUGCUUAACAGUAUCGAACGCCUUCCUAGGCUUGUAUUUCGCUAUAUUCUUGUGUUGGAGAAGCGAGAAACCGGCGAGAAUUUGUUGGACGUCUUCAUCCAUUACCUCUUGAUUGUGCAUUUUACGAACCUGGUCUUGAGCUUGUUCGAAGACAGGAUAAAGAAGCACGGUUCUGUGACGCGGUUCACGGAUGACGGAAGUGAUGGCUACAUGAUCGCACAAACAAUUGCGGGGUUUUUAGAGGAGCGAGAAUGUCCAAUUUGCUCGUGGAAGAACUUUGCAGACUUCUUCACCCCAUCUCACUCGCUGUUUACAUGA